GGCUCUACUCUUCAUUCCACUCUCGGUUUCCGCCUCCCCCUCCCCGACUUAUCCCCAUGGGCAAGUCCGGCGCCAAAAAGAAGAAGCCCUCCCCUUCCGCCACCGCCGCCGCCACCACAACCGCCGCCAAAUCGCCGCCAGCCGCAGCAGAGCAGAAGGCCCCGCCGCCCGCGCCCCCCGUAGCGAACGGGGCGGCGCAGCACCAGGCCCCGGCGGACCCCGGCGUGCUCCUGCGCCGCGCGCACGAGCUCAAGGAGGAGGGCAACCGCCUGUUCCAGUCGCGCGACUACGCCGGCGCGCUGCGGCAGUACGAGCUCGCCCUCCGCCUUGCCCCGCGUGGCCAUCCCGACCGCGCCGUCUUCCACAGCAACCGCGCCGCCUGCCUCCUGCAGCUCCGCCCCGUCGACCACAAGGCCGUCGCGGAGGAGUGCUCCCUCGCGCUCCAGGCCGAGCCGCGCUUCCCGCGAGCCCUUCUCCGCCGGGCCCGCGCACUUGAGGCGCUCGGCCGCUACGAGCUCGCACUCGCCGACACCCUCGCGCUCCUCGCCCUCGACCCCAACCACCGCGACGCUAUCGACCUCUCCCACCGCCUUCGCUCCCGCAUCUCCUCCUCCUCCUCCUCCUCCACGGCCUCCGCCGCCUCCACCCACGAACCCACCAGCCGCCCUUCCCCCGCCGCCCUCGGUGCCUCGGCCGUUGUGGCCGGCCUUGGCCCAUCCCUCCCUUCCCGUCCCUUCCCAAAGAAACAAUCGCCUCCGUCGCCUCCUCCUCCACAGCAGCAACCAGGUCCUGCGAUGACUAAAUUUAAUUCUUCGCCAACGCCCAAGUUGGUGCCUUUCUCCAACUCUCCGUCAUCUUCUGCCAAGGCUUCAACUGCUGAUAUUUCUCAGAAGACUGUGCCAGCACUGUCAGUGCCCUCAACCCAACCAGUGACGGAGACAUCGCUCAUUAACAGGAAGGUUGUGACGAGAUGGAGGCCCCUCAAGCUGGUGUAUGGCCAUGACAUUAGGCUUGGGGAGAUGCCUGAAAAAUGCAGCUUCCAGACGCUCCGGGAAGUUGUGGCGAAGCGCUUCCCAUCAUCCAAGGCUGUGUUGAUGAAGUAUAAGGAUGCCGAUGGUGAUCUAGUUACCAUCACUUGCACAUCAGAACUACGAUUGGCCGAGGCUUGUGGUGUUGGCACCGAUGCGAUGGAAGGUGAUACUAAGCUCCCCAUGUUGAGGCUGCACAUUGUUGAAGUAAGUCCAGAGCAGGAGCCUCCGCUGCCAACAGAAGAGCAGAAGCUGGAGGAGGAGGAGUUGUUGAUCACCGGUGAGGAUAGCUCUUCACAUACUUCUGCAGAGGUAGCUAAUGCCGAGGUAACAAAGCCAGAUCUGGAGAACGGAGUUGCUGAACAGAGCACUCUGACAGGGAAGAAAGAUUGUGGCCAUGCUGAGUGCAAGGAAGCUGAGAUUGAUGAUUGGUUGCUUCAGUUUGCAGAACUGUUCCGGAACCAGGUUGGGAUCGAUGCUGAUGCACAUCUGGACCUUCAUGAAGUAGGAAUGGAGCUGUGCUCUGAAGCACUUGAGGAAACAGUGACCAGCGAGGAGGCCCAAUCCCUAUUUGAGAUGGCUGCAGCAAAAUUCCAGGAGGUCGCUGCCUUGGCGUUAUUUAACUGGGGAAAUGUGCACAUGUGUGCAGCAAGGAAGCGCAUACCUCUUGAUGAAUCUUCUCCAAAGGAAAUCAUGUCUGCUCAGCUCCGAACAGCUUAUGACUGGGUGCUAGAGAGGUAUGCUCUUGCAGGCCACAAGUAUGAGGAGGCCCUGAACAUCAAGCAAGAUUUCUAUGAAGGGCUUCUUGCUUUAGGCCAGCAACACUUUGAGACCGCAAAGCUUCACUGGUCAUUUGCAUUGGCAGACAAGGCUGACCUGUCUACCUGGGAUUCUUCAGAGACAUUCAAGCUUUUUGAUAGUGCUGAGGAGAAGAUGAGGGCUGCAACAGAGAUGUGGGAGAAAGUGGAAGAACAGAGAAUGCUAGAGUUAAAAACACCUGGUGCGACCGAGAAGGAUGAGGUGUUGAAGAAAAGAAAGAAGCAACACAGUGCAGAUGGUCAAGGGGAGUUGACACCGGAGGAGGCAGCUGAGCAGGCAGCCGUAAUGAGGCAACAGAUUCACCUAUUUUGGGGCAAUAUGCUUUUUGAGCGCUCUCAAGUGGAAUUCAAGCUUGUUGUCGGUGAUUGGAAGAAGAAUCUCGAUGCUUCUGUUGAAAGGUUUAAGUUGGCUGGAGCUUCAGAAUCAGAUAUCUCCACGGUGCUGAAGAACCAUUUUUCCAAUGCAGUCUCUGAGUGCGAAGAGAAGAAAGUUAUGCCUUCAGGCACAGGAAGUUCCCAAACAAGUGACGGCAUUGAUGAUGAAUCUGUGGUUGAAAGCUAAGUUCUUGUUGUUCAAGCUAGAUGAAAUCGAUGCUUGUCGUAUUCUAUUGUUUGAUAGGCAUUAUUUGUUCUUGACAACUUCUUCAUGGUUUGGUAUCAUGACCGCCAAUUUAGAUAUUAUUAGCAUACAUAGAUUUUUUGAUUUGCAGAACUAGCGUGGACUUCACGUGCUUCAAACAUCUUGAUCUGUUUCAUGUGUCUUGAUUUUUAUGAUAAUUUUUUGGGCCGGUUUCAAGGUAUAUGAUGGAGAUUUUUGAAGUA